CCACUUAUCUCAGAAAUGCUCAAAAGGGUGGUUAACAUUUCAGACCAUAUUUUUAAAAUCAAACAAGAAUUUGAAGCUCAACUGAUUAGUGAAGAUGCCAAUCGAGGUCGUGCAGAUACGAAUACUACUGGAGACACUCGUAUUGAGGGCCGGAAACGUGCUAGGUAUACUCGAGAUCAGCUGCUGCAACUGAGGGACAGUAUUCUAAAACUCAAACAAGAAGUUGAAGCUGAACUGUGUGUUGAAGAUUCUAAUAGAGAUCAUGUAGAUACCAAUGUGCAGUCUCAGACUCGUUAUUCCGAGCCACAGUUUGCAAGAACUCCGAUAUCUCACAACCAAGAGGGAGGACCUGCUCGUAAACUAAUAAAUGCUAAGCUUCCAUGCGCAGCAACUCGAAGAGGCAAUCUUUCUGACAAAGAUUGUAUCUUGAAGACUGUGCAGGGUAUACUCAACCAGCCAACUCUGAAGAAAUUUGAUCUCCUCAAAGGUCAACUGAUAGAUUCAGGGAUAACUAAUGUACACACUCUAGUGGGUGUUGUCUCCUUAAUAUUUGACCAGGCUUUACUGGAUGCAACAUUGUGCCCGAUGUACGCCCAACUCUGCUCUGAUCUCACUAAAAAGCUGCCGCCAAUUCCUUCUGAUAAACCUGGUGGCAAAGAGAUUACGUUCAGACGUGUUCUAUUGAAUAAAUGUCAGGAGACAUUUGAAAGUCCUGAUAAACUUCGAGAAGAGGUGAGGAAAAUGACAGCCCCUGAGCAAGAGUCAGAGCGCAAGGCCAAAGAUGAGUUGAUCAAAUUGGUCACCCUUGGCAUUGUACGGUUUCUUGGAGAGCUUUUUAAGCAAAAGAUGAUCACCAGAGGGAUUCUUCAUAGAAUUAUUCAUGACUUAUUACCCUACCAUCCCAAAGGUUGUCCGGCAGAAGAGAAUGUUGAAGCCAUUUGUCAGUUAUUCAACAACAUUGGCAAGCUGCUCCGUGAGAACCAAGAAACAAGGAUCAUCGUAGAUGGGUGCUUUAACCUGUUGCAGAAACUGUCAACAAACCCUCAGGUGUCUCCACGGCUGAGGCUUUUGGUUUGUGAUGUGCUGGAUUUACUUGCCAAUAACUGGGUCCCUAAGCCGAUUUUAAUUGUUUGAUCCUCUGAAAAUUGUUAAAACAGUAAUAGCU